AUGGUGUUCAGGUCGCCGCUCGACUUCCUCUCAGCCUCCCGGGUCCUCCUGCCUGCCUUCACCCAUGCACCCCCCAUGGCCCGGUCCCGGUCCCCGGAGGACCCCCCCUGUGCUCCCCUGACCCUCCCCGGGCUGUGCUUCUCCACGGAGCAGAUCGCCAGCGUGUGUGAGACCCUGGAGGAGACCGGGGACACGGAGCGUCUGGCCCGGUUCCUCUGGUCUCUCCCGGUGACCCCGGACGGCCGAGACUCCAUCUCUGAGCACGAGUCUGUGCAGAGGGCCCGGGCCGUGGUGGCCUUCCACACCGGGAGCUUCCGGGAGCUGUACCGGAUCCUGGAGACGCACCGCUUUACGCGCAGCUCUCACGGGAAGCUGCAGGCCAUGUGGCUGGAGGCUCACUACCGGGAGGCCGAGAAGCUCCGGGGGAGGCCGCUCGGACCUGUGGACAAGUACCGGGUGAGGAAGAAGUUCCCGUUACCGAGGACCAUCUGGGACGGGGAGCAGAAGACGCACUGCUUCAAGGAGCGCACCAGGGGGCUGCUGAGAGAGUGGUACCUGCAGGACCCCUACCCGAACCCGGGGAAGAAGAGGGAGCUGGCUCAUGCAACCGGACUCACACGGGAACCAAGACGGAGGCAGGUCGGGAACUGGUUCAAGAACUGAGAGGCUGAGAGAGACCUCCUGUCUCUGCUCAAUCCCAGGUUGCAACACCACCGGAUGUGUCCAGGCGGUGCGCGGUCGUUCAGCGGAGGAGAGUGCAGUCCAGACGAGAGUGGGGAGCACGCAGAUGGAGAAACUCUCCUCUCAGUAACGGACAGUGACUCGGACUUGGAUGUUUGAGACUCAAACACAAAAUGGACUUCAGGGCCUGCGGUGGUCCUUGGUGGAUUAGCGGAGGACCACCCGGCCUACACUGAGGAACAACACA